GGCGUAAUUCAACAACAAUGCCGGAACCGUCACCAGCCUAUAUCCUCAGCUUCUGAGAGGAAGGAGGAGAGAAAGUGGGGCUUUAUGUGUGAGGGAGGGAGAAAGUGAGGGAGAGGAGGUUAGUCACAUCAGUCAAGAGAAGAAGGCGUGCACUUGUGCGCUGCGUCGUUUGAUGUUCUCCCCGGUUCCCCCCGAACCUUCAGAGUGGCUUUUUCAGCGGCUGGGUUGGGCAAAUCAAAGCGACUAAGAGCACUCUCUUUUUGCUGGAAGAGUCGAAGUCGACUUAGUGUAUGGAAGCCCGGCCGUGUGCGCCGCACUGGUCAGUGAAGCCGCACCGCUGCACUUUGGAUAAGUCACUCAGCGGGAGCACCGCCGUUCGCCAAGACGCAUCGCUUAUUCCAGUCCCGCACCGACUCAUAAAGCUGAACCCACUGUCAUGAUUUUUUUUGUCAGUCAUUAUAGGUGACUCCAGCUUUCCUCGUUUUAUUCCUUCUCGUCACUGGAGACUUUGAGGGUGGCAGCAAAAUCUAGAAACUCGCAUUGUGCGCGCAGGAGGGGGGUGUCAGUGUCAAAGAUGCAGGUGGUUCGGUGCGGUGUGGUUUCCAGCGCUUGGUUUAUGAGGCUCCUCUUACUUUUCUCAACUCUAAGCAUCAGGGCAACUGGAGUUGGAGGCACCCACCAGAGCAUCCCCCCAUCCGUGGUGAAGCUCUGGGCCUCUGCAUUUGGUGGGGAGAUGAAGUCCAUUUCUGCAAAAUACUCUGGCUCCCAGCUGCUGCAAAAGAAAUACAAGGAGUUUGAGCGGGCAGUGAGGGUGGAGGAGAUUGAUGGGUUGCGUCUGGUGAAGAGGCUGGCUAAGAACAUGGAAGAGAUGUUUCACAAGAAAGCCCAGGCUAUGAAGAGAUUGGUAGAGGCAGCAGAAGAAGCCCACCUACAGCAUGAAGAGGAUCCAGACCUGCAGUAUGAAUACUUCAAUGCAGUACUGAUCAAUGAGAUUGAUGAGGAGGGAAACAAUGUAGAGCUGGGAGGAGAGUUUAUCCUGCAGCCCAACGAUCAUUUUAACAACUUGUCAGUCAACCUCAGCCUCAGUGUGGUUCAGGUGCCCACCAACAUGUACAAUAAAGACUCUGCGAUUGUCAAUGAUGUGUACUGGUCGGAGGCCCUGAACAAGGUGUUUGUGGACAACUUUGAGAGGGAUCCCUCGCUUAUAUGGCAAUACUUUGGCAGCGCUAAGGGCUUUUUUAGACAAUAUCCGGGAAUCAAAUGGAAGCCAGAUGAACAUGGAGUUAUAGCAUUUGACUGUCGGAACCGAAAGUGGUACAUCCAGGCUGCCACCUCUCCAAAGGAUGUGGUGAUCCUAGUGGAUGUCAGCGGCAGCAUGAAAGGCCUGAGACUGACUAUUGCCAGGCAGACUGUUUCCUCCAUUCUAGACACUCUUGGAGAUGAUGACUUUUUUAAUAUAAUUGCUUACAAUGAGGAAUUGCAUUAUGUGGAGCCAUGUCUUAAUGGAACCCUGGUUCAAGCGGAUGUCACCAACAAAGAUCAUUUCCGGGAGCACCUUGAUAAGCUGUUUGCUCAAGGCAUUGGUAUGUUGGACAUAGCUCUGACGGAGGCAUUCAAUCUUCUCAGUGAUUUUAACAAGACUGGUAGGGGCAGUGAGUGUAGCCAGGCCAUUAUGCUGGUGACAGAUGGAGCAGUCGAUACAUAUGAUGCCAUCUUUGAGAAGUUUAACUGGCCAGAGAGGAAGGUCCGAAUAUUCCCCUACCUGAUUGGUCGAGAGUCUGCCUUCGCAGAUAAUUUAAAAUGGAUGGCGUGUGCUAACAAAGGCUACUUCACUCAGAUUUCUACACUGGCAGAUGUUCAAGAGAAUGUGAUGGAGUAUCUCCACGUGCUGAGUCGUCCCAAAGUUAUUGACCAGGAGCAUGACACAGUGUGGACUGAGGCGUACAUUGACAGCACUCUCCCCCAAGCACAAAAGUUGGAGGAUGGUCAAGGUCCAGUCCUGAUGACCACAGUAGCAAUGCCAGUGUUCAGUACCAAGAAUGAGACUAGAAACAGAGGAAUCCUGCUUGGGGUGGUUGGGACAGAUGUGCCAGUCUCCGAGCUGCUCAAAACUAUUCCUAAAUAUAAGCUGGGCAUUCACGGCUAUGCCUUUGCGAUCACCAACAAUGGCUACAUCCUCACCCACCCAGAUCUACGGCCACUUUACGGCGAUGGCAAAAAGCGAAGGAAGCCAAACUACAGCAGUGUGGAUCUGUCUGAGGUGGAAUGGGAGGAUAAGGAUGACACGUUGAGAAAUGCCAUGGUCAACAGGAAGACAGGGACCUUCUCCAUGGAGGUGACUAAGAGUGUGGACAAAGGGAAACGUGUGCUGGUUUUACACAAUGAUUAUUACUACACAGACAUUAAAGGUACUCCUUUCAGUCUAGGAGUGGCUCUUUCCAGAGGGCAUGGGAAGUAUUUCUUCAGAGGGAAUGUCACUGUGGAAGAAGGACUUCAUGACUUGGAACAUCCAGAUGUAGCUCUGGCCGACGAAUGGACAUACUGCAACACAGACGAGCACCCCGAGCACCGCUACUUGUCUCAAAUAGAAGCAAUAAAGAUUUAUCUUAGUGGCCAGGAACCCCGUUUGCAUUGUGACAAGGAACUGAUUCAGGAAGUUCUCUUUGAUGCUGUUGUGACAGCCCCACUGGAAGCCUACUGGACCAGUCUUGUGCUUAAUAAGUCAGAAAACUCAGAUAAAGGUGUGGAGAUUGCGUAUCUGGGCACAAGGACAGGACUGUCCAGAAUUAAUCUAUUUGUGGUGCCUGAUGAACUCACAAACCAAGAUUUCCUGACAGCUGAAGACAAAGAGGGGGUGUUCAAUGCUGAUCACUUUCCUUUGUGGUACAAGAGAGCAGCAGAACAAGUUCCUGGCACCUUUAUUUAUUCUCUGCCUUUCAGCUCAGGUUCAGAAAACAGGAGUGUUGUAUUGGCCAGUACUGCCAUUCAGCUUCUGGAUGAGAGGAAAUCCCCCAUAGCUGCAGCUGUUGGAAUCCAGAUGAAGUUGGAGUUUUUCCAGAGAAAAUUUUGGACAGCCAGCAGACAGUGUGUGGCAUUAGAUGGAAAAUGCUCCAUAAGCUGUGAUGAUGAGAAUAUUAACUGCUACCUCAUUGACAACAAUGGCUUCAUUCUUGUAGCAGAGGACUAUACGCUGACUGGAAUUUUUUUUGGCGAGGCAGAAGGAGCUGUAAUGAAUAAGUUGCUGCAGAUGGGCUCUUUUAAACGUGUCACACUGUAUGACUAUCAGGCUCUCUGCUGGGUCCAUUCAGAGAGCAGCGACAGUGGGCACAAGCUGCUGGAUCCUUACUUCGCUUUCUUCGCAGCUGUAAAGUGGAUCCUGACUGAGCUUGUCAUAUUUUUGGUUGAAUUCAACUUGUACAGUUGGUGGAACUUGGAUCUCACUGCUAAAGCCCAGAGGGUAGGUCCGCAUAUGCAGGUGCCAUGUGACACAGAGUACCCUGCUUUCGUAUCAGAAAGAACAAUCAAAGAGAACAUGGGCAACAUUGACUGUGACGGCUGCAUCAAGUCAUUUGUGAUUCAGCAGAUCCCCAGCAGUAACCUUUUUAUGGUGGUCGUGGACAACAAGUGUGACUGCAGCCAGUUUGGACCUAUCACCAUGGAUCCCAUAGAAAUUAUGUAUAACGAAUCGCUCAAAUGUGAGAGACUGAAGAUGCAAAAAGACAGGAGGCGUCCAGAUACCUGUCACCCUUUUCAUCCAGAGGAGAACUCAAUGGAGUGUGGAGGAGUGGGCAGUCUCACCACAUCUCUCAAUGCAACACUGCUUUUUGCACUCAUGGCAUUAUACCUUAGGUGACCAAAGCUGGUUCUGGCUCAUCAUCCACAGCUUGACCUAGUUUGGCUUGGCUCGGCACUAUAAAGAAUUGUAAUGAUGCCACAGAUAACAACAUUUCUGUCUUGUAUGAAACUGUGCCCUAUUCAAAUCCAUCACCUACAUUAUCCCCAGCCCACAGGUAUCUCCCCUUAGGGAUCAUAUAAUAUUUGGCUGCUAAUGAACAAUAUUAAAUCUGCUAAAUAUAAUCCUUUAGAAGUAUCACAUGAACCACACAGAAAGAUUGUGGGAGAAAUUCAGAAAACAUACACUGCAAAUUAUACAAUAGAAGUGAUUUUUGCCUCCAGGGUCCUUAUUAAAGAACCAAGGGGUUGGGGCUUUCCUGAUCCCCCCAAUAUUUUGAGAUACCAGGAGCAAAAACAAGUUCUAUGGUGAUAAUCCUACCUUAGAAAAAGGCCCUGAUGGAGUUUGAGAUUGACCGUUCCAAAUGGGGCUUUCCGAUGGGUGGUGCUAAGCAGUCCUGAGUGGAUGAGAAUUUUUAGCGUUUAUGUCCACAUUUUCUAUUUCAGUCUGUUUAAUCUCUACUGCAUCCAAUACUUCAGACUAUAGCAUUGUACAGGGGAUAAAGGUUCAGGGCAGAGAGAGUUAAAACACACCAGUAGGAUCUUAAAAAACAACACAAGUCUCCUAGGGCUAUAUCCACUGACACUGAUAUCAAAAUGUUCAGCCCUUUCAGGUUGUAGCUAAGGGCUGGGGACUGUAGCUGUGCUUGAAACUGGGCAUUACAGUCACAAACAACCCACAUGGACAGAGAUGGAUGCACUUUCCCCUGGCCUGCUCUGACUUUCAAUGGACAUUUUUAUUCUGAAGAUUAAACAAAAUAUUCUGAAGAUGCUACAUGUGGCUGGGAUUGUUACAUGAUGUUUGUCUAAUUAUCUUCUUUUUCCACAAUGAGAAAAAAAUCUGUUACAAUAUAUACUGUAUAUGAAAAAAAGUUUAUUUAUAGUUUGCAAGUGGUACCCAUAAACUGUGACUCAGAGAUUCUCUGAUGUGAGUGGUUGUAAUAAUUAAGUUUUGCCUUAUGAAAAGAUAUUGUCCCUGUUUGUGUACUUUUGAAAUAAAAUACUGUUUAAAAUGUA